AUGGUUGCGAAGCUAUUUUUCAUGUUGGCUUUAAUUAUUCCACCCAUGCUAGAACACCUUGAUUAUGUUGAUGAUGUGUGUUAUAAGAAGCGGUUACGGUAUGGAAAUGUUAUAAGAAACGUGCUUCCCAAAAACUACAUUUGGUCGAAUACGGCGGUAGCUUACAGACUCCAGGGAGAUUUUCAACCUCGGGAAUUAAAAAAUAUUCACUUGGCGAUGGAAGCACUGAUGGAUAUUUCCUGCAUAAAAUUUCACAAAAGAACAUCGGAGGAGCAAUAUCUGGUUAUCACCAAUAAAUUAGGCCAAGGCUGCUGGGCUGACACAGGACGACAGGAAAAAGGUUUAACGUACAUGAAUCUUGCACUGAAUUGCACCAUGCGCAUGGGAACGAUCCUUCACGAGCUGAUGCACGUGUUGGGGUUUCUGCACCAACACACCAGACCCGACCGCGAUCUGCAUCUCUGCGUUCACUACGAAAACAUUCUACCGCAACCGGUGGCCUUGUACAAUUAUGAAAAGGUUCAACCAUGGAACGAACUAGCAUUUUCGUUGCCAUACGACUUCGAGAGUAUCACACACUAUACGCCCGAUAUGUACAGCAUCGAUCCGGGCCGUCUUCCCACCAUGUCACCGAGACACCCGUUCAGUGGCCACGCAAUAGGCCAGAGAGAACAUCUGUCCGACUAUGACGUGCUCGCAAUACACUUCCUCUACUGCGUUUGA